AUGACUCAGUUGAAUGAGCUGAUAGCGAGGUUUGGGCGUUCUGCUGACGACCCAAAGAUUCUAGGAGCCUUAGAAGAUCUAUCCAAAAUAUACUCGUUGGAGGCAGAGGAGCUUUACAUUAAAUGGGAACAAUAUGCUUACCAGAAGCACAAGCAGACUGUUGAUUUGGACCUUGACACACUAGAUGCUUUCAAGCAGAGCAUUCAACAACAGAUGGAGAAGAAGGCCAGUUUAAUAGGUGGACAGCCUCUGUCCGCGUCUUCAUCUGCGAUCAAGAAACCCAAGGCUCUCAAGCCAAAUGUAUCCAGUCCAUCGCUCUUUGGAUUUGGGAUGCCUAAGACGCCGACUCUCAAAAAAAGAAGGGUGGAACCCUCGCUAACACACCAAGAGGACAACAGUUCACCAGUCAUGGCAUCUGCAGAUCGGAGUGAAACUUUCUUCACUCCUUCUCAUAGACCGGAAAACCUGAAAAGUAUGACGUCUGCAGCAGCGUCUCCGUUAUUGAAUAACCCUGAUCCUGGAAAGGUCGUCGAUGUUCUGAACUUGGCGAAUAUUGACCCAGCAAACGGCAUUGAUUUUGACGAAGGUAAAAGGGUCAAACUAAUACCCUUUUUUGAAGCUUCGAAAUUCAAUUUUAGGACAAUGCGACAGAACCUCUUGGAUACCGCGGACGUUCUUGACGAGCAGAUUGAAAACUUCACACAGGUUAUCCAGCAACAUUACAAUAUACCCGCCAACGACAUCGGCGAUCCAUCAGUACAAUCUCAAUCUGAAAUUACUGCCGUAGGUCGAAUUGUGCCCGAUUCACCAAUUGCAGAUGGAAUUUUGAAUACCGAAUCGCUUGCCCUUGAAACAUCAAGACUUGCUGGUAUCGGUCGCCGAGUCCAGCUCAAUCUUGGAAAGGUUAAGGAGCUAACACUGUUUCCUGGCCAGAUUGUCGGCCUAAGAGGUAAAAAUGCUAACGGGGAAUGUUUUGUAGUGGAAGAGAUCCUUCAGAUUCCUCAAUUGAACUUUCCUGUCUCUACGGGCACAGAAUUACAGACAUACAACGAAAGUAUGGAGAAUAAACCCAUGAAAGUAGUGGUGGUAAAGGGUCCUUACACUCCCUCGGACUCUUUACAUUUUAGCAAUCUCGCAAGCUUCAUUGAAAGAAUAAACACGGAUAUCCGGCCCCACGUUCUCAUAAUGUUCGGCCCAUUCAUCGACAUAACUCAUCCCUUGAUAGCAAGCGGUAGCAUACCAGACUUCCCAGAGCUCAAGAACCAGCCCAAGACACUCGACGAAGUAUUUACAAAAGUUCUCGCACCCAUUUUGAAGCAAAUAAAUCCAGCGAUACAGGUUGUCCUGAUACCAUCGACGUUAGACUCGGUAUCUAACCACGCCGCAUAUCCACAGAAUAUGCUGGACCGGAAGCUUUUACAACUACCUAAAAACUUCAAAUGCUACACCAAUCCCUCAACCUUUCAGUUAAACGAGACGUUUGUGGGGUGCUCCAACGCAGAUGCUUUCAAAGAUACGAAAGAGAUCGUCAAGGGCGGCAACACGAGUUUGAAGAACAGAUUUGACAGAAUCGCAGAGCACAUUUUAACUCAGCGCAGGUUUUAUCCUUUAUUUCCAGGCGGAAUAAAGAAACGCAAAAGUCACGAUCAAAGUGGAUCGGUACCAUGGGAACAUGUUACCGGUGUUGAUUUAGACGUUCCUUAUAUGGGACUGACUGAAUUUGCUGGCAACGUCAAUCCAGAUGUCAUUAUUAUCCCCAGUGAACUCACGCAUUUUUCCCGCGUAGUCCAGAACGUGCUGUUUGUCAACCCUGGGUCGUUUAUAAGAUCAUCUGGUGUCAGGGGAACGUUUGCUCAAAUAUCUAUAACUUCACCGAACUUGCUGGAAGGGACACUUACAAAAGUCGAAGGAGACGAAGAUAUUUACCUCCACAACGUAUGGAAACGGUGCAGAGUUGAUAUAAUUACAGCUUAA